AUGGCGUCGAGGACAUCAAAUAUCGCUUAUAGCGUCCUACGACGGUCAAGACAACCAUUAUCACAACUACGGACCACAGGCAUUCCCAAAACUGCAGCACCGGGAGCGUGUCAGCCCUCGGAGAGACAUUUGUUUCAUGGAAGUUCACGGCAAUAUGUAGUGAAGCCAUAUCUGCUGGCAGAUAUUGGCGAAGGCAUUACCGAAUGUCAGAUCAUCCAGUGGUUUGUGCAGCCAGGAGCACGGGUAGAGCAAUUCGACAAGAUAUGCGAAGUCCAGUCAGACAAAGCGUCGGUAGAGAUUACAUCCCGAUUCGAUGGCAUCAUCAAGAAGUUGCACUACGAGGCAGAUGAUAUGGCGAAAGUUGGAAAGCCGUUAGUAGACAUCGAUAUCCAAAGCGAAGUCUCGCCCGAAGACGAGGCCCUCACCCAAGUCCCGGGAGAGACGGAUACGGCAGCCAAGGAACCACCCCAAUCGCAAGAGCCCUCUCGAGCGUCGCUACAACCUACUCCGACGGAGAACGGUGCGGUAGGAUCGUCGACGGCUUCACGGCCUAUGGACAGCAGAAAACAUGCGACCCUGGCAACGCCCGCGGUUCGACAUCUUAGCAAGGAGUUUAAAGUCGACAUAUCAGAAAUAGAAGGAUCCGGGAGAGAGGGCAGAGUAACGAAGGACGACAUCCAGAAAUUCAUCGCCGCCAGGGAUUCCGCCUCGCCAUCCGACACUGUGGGUGCUACAAGAACAGCUCCAGUGGGAGUUCUGGCCGAGGACAAGACGGUGCCGUUAAGCAUGAUUCAGCAGCAGAUGUUCAAGGUCAUGACCAACUCCCUCUCGAUUCCGCACUUCCUCUACACGGAUCACGUCGACUUUACGGGCCUGACUCAGCUCCGGAGGAAACUUAAUACCUCAACGACAAGCCAAAAGAUCACACCCCUUGCUUUCAUCGUCAAAGCCGUCUCCCUCGCGCUUACUUCAUUCCCCCAGCUAAAUGCUCACCUUGACACCACGAGCAACCCCUCUCGUCCCUCUCUAAUCCACAAAGCUUCACACAAUAUCGGGGUUGCGGUUGAUACACCUUCGGGGCUUCUCGUCCCCGUUAUCCGCAAUGUACAGACACAAAGCAUCGCAACAAUCGCGGCCGAGAUAUCACGAUUAUCAGCAGUUGCCAAAGAAGGCAAGCUUUCAGCCAACGACCUUUCCGGGGCGACCAUGACGGUGAGCAACAUCGGCAGCAUCGGUGGCGGGGCAGUCGCUCCUGUAAUCGUGGGCCCGCAAGUCGCCAUUCUUGGAGUCGGGAGAGCUCGAGUGACCCCUGCGUUUGGGGAAAACGGCGAGUUGGUUAGAAAAGAAGAAGCGGUGUUCAGUUGGAGCGGGGAUCAUAGGGUCAUUGACGGAGCAGUCAUCGCGAGAUGUGCGGAAGAGGUACGGUCCCUAUUAGAGGGAGCGGAGAAGAUGCUCGUCCGACUCAGAUGACCCAUAGAGGG